GUGAGCUACAGACUUAGGCCACUCGGCUCCAGGUUAACUAUCGAGCACAUUGUGGCUAUAACUUAGCAGGAGUAAUCCGUUUUUGUUAGGGACGAGAAAGUAUAUAUGCACGCAAACAGCUACUGGCGGACACACGCCGAGCAGUCCGUCCAACCAUGGGAAUGGGAGUCGUCUGGGGCUUCAUGUAUAGAACGGGAAACACGUAAGCUCGAUCCCACUGAUCAAUAUGUGAAAUGGGCUUUAAGUGAGACUGAUACGGCAGGGCAUAUCGAUGUUCUUUCCAAUGGGUCAUGCUGGCAUGCAGACAGUUGGAUCAUAUGGGCCAAAGAGUCUCAGUUACGCUCCAUGAAGUCAGGGCGAAUGCCGCCUAUACCAGUGUCCGAGGCGGUACGUUUACAUCCUCGGCGGGUCAUCUGGUGCCAUACGCUACUGCUCAGAAUGAUACGCCUUGUGUCUCUUGUCGACGGCUUGCAGGGCAUAUUAUGAGGCUUCCAGGAGUGAUUGGUAGCCGAAGAAUUAUAUCCAGGCUGGUGACCUCCGGUUAGUUGGAUAUGAUGAGUAUGUUCCGGCAAGGGAUGGCACACCAUUUAUAGCACAAGGCAGUACUCAUCGCUCAGCUCCGUCGACUAGUUGGGAUCGCUGUUUCGAAUACCAUCUACCAGCCCCGAUCAAUUGGUGUACAACAACCGAGUAAUCAGGUCAGGCAUACGUUGAUGCUGUGGUAUCCUUCAGGGGAGGCAAGGCCUCAUGGAUAUUGGUUCAGCCUUGCCCAGAUGUACAAGACGGCGAGCAUAAAUACCCCUUCGAGGUCCCUGGCUGCGGUCAGCUUUCACCACUUCUCGACAUACUUUGCUCAACCCCAAGGACCUCACUCUCGUACCGCCAUCAUGUCUCUCUUCAUUCCCAUCUAUAUUCGGCUCACCCCCCAGUCCCAACCUUUCAACUCGACCAAUCCUGUCUUGGUGGAAGUCGAGGCUCCGUCCGAAGUUCAUGCUCCGCCUGGUCAUUAUCGUCAAGCCUCUGAGGAUAAUGGAGGAUUGCCGACGUUGUCGUAUCCUCUUCCCGGGUCAAGCAUUCAGACCCCGAUUGAUGCCGAUGCUCUCAGUGACGCGGAGAACGACACCAGUGUUUUUUCUCAUAAUUCACACCGUCCAGGUGACAGCAUUGACAACCCGAUUGAUGUCGAUGCGCUCUCUGUGGAGACGAGUGAUGCAACUGAGCUCAUUACCAGCCUGCCAGCAAGCCCAGCCCAGAUUGAGUGUAUACCUAACGGUCAGUCCCAGGAAACAUCAUAUGAGUGCAAGAUAUGUUAUCACGCCGUGGUUGAUCUGGCACUUGGCUGUGGUCACACUUACUGCUACAAUUGCUUCAACAAAUUCUUCCACGACUCCGUCCUUGCGAACGCUAGAGGAAGCCAAGCGUCGGCGUACGAGCGUCUGGCAAGCCGACGAUGCGAGCCAUCUUGCCCUUACUGCAAGCAGGUGCUUCCUGGGCACUACAUGGAUCCCGAGGACCGUGAUCAUCUCAAAGGCUUCUAUGUCCCGUUGCGUUGUUCGGAUCCGGAAACCUCAGGUUGUUUUAUCAAUGACUACAUGGUCCAGGGAGUUAGAUUGAAAAUGCUUUGAUUUUGUUGCUUACUUCCAGCCCUUCGUACUCCUGCUCUUCCUUGUUUCUCUCGUUUAUGUACAUGUCAUCAGAGGAUGUUGUCUAUUCCGACACACGUACUGAGAUAAUUAACGUGGCCUUUCUAGUCGUACCGUUAUUUUCUGGGCUGUCAUGAUAAGUGCCUCAAAGUUCCUGGACCAGCAGGCAUGGUUCCCCUCGCUGCGAAGGCCUUCGGCGUCUGCUACAUACUUCGUGGCAUAGAUAGAUGGCAGAUCCUUUCCAAGCAGCCACGAUAGAGCAGCCACUCUCGAAUUCAUGUAUGACGGAGCUUCUCUCAAGGUAGUUGAUCGGCUUUUGAAGCUCGGAUUUCCGAGCGCUGCGGUAUCCGUCUUUCCUGCAGGACACGUUCGUCUGACAACAUGUUAGGGCCCUAGCCUGGCAUGUAAGUGGAAGCUUCCAACGUACUAUGUUUAAGUCGCCCAAACGGACGAUGUCGGGCACGCAAGCUAGGCACAUAAUGGGUAGGUUGGGCUUCAUGGUGGGAAGUUCGGCUGGCCUUGUCUACAGCUGAGCGUCAUAUAUAUAGAUAUAGAUAUAUAUAUACAUUAAUAUUCCGUCG